AUGACUCCGCAGGAUGCUUUCGACCAUCCCCGGCCCCAUCCCCGCCCCCAUCCCAACCUACAUUCUCUCUCCGCAUUCACCGCCGUCUCGCAAUACCCCUACGCUAUCUCCUCGGACUCGCAAUCGCAACCUGUGUCCGAGGUCGUCAACGCCGCCGCCGUGAUCAAUCGCGACCCGUUACCGCCAUCUGAUCCCGGAAAUCCGGUGAAUACAAAUACAGAUAACAGCGCAGAAACAGAACCCGAAACAGACGAAGUACCCCUCCGCUCGCGCCGCCACAACUCCGAAAACCCCUUCGCCAUAGGCUAUGGCUACGGACAGGGCCGUCACGGCAGUGGUCGCCAUCGCUGGAUGAUCAUGACGGCUGAAGACGGGCGCGGGAGCGAAGUCGAGAUUGAGUCGCCGUUUGGGGAUGUAAGAUCUGUUUCACCGGUGGGAAUACUUAGAGAGGAGGAUAGGGGCGUGGAGGGAGCUGGGUUUAUGGCACCGGAUCCGUUUGAUCCUGCUGGUCAUCUGCGGGGGGCCAGGGCCGGUUAUGGAUAUGAUGAUGGUUAUGAUGAUGCUACCCCAGGGAGUGAUUUUUCUGGGCCAAGGCCUGCGGGGCCAGGGAUGCGUGGUUUUGACGAUGAGGGGGUUGGGCUGAUGCGCGUGGCACAGAUGUUUGAUGGGGGUGAUUUUGAGGGGGGGACGCAGAGAGGGGGAGGGAGAGAUAUGGAUUCGCGGUAUAGAAUGGACUUUUCGGGGGAGGGGGAGGCUGAUGAGGAUGGGCUCGAGGAGAAUGAGGAUGGGGACGACGGCCAGGGCGGGGAGGAGAUUGUUAUCGGUGGUGGUGGAACGGGAAUGCUCAAUGUUGGCGCGCACAAUAUGGCGAUGUUUGAUAAUGAGUUCCCGGUGACUACGUACGAGCGAAAUUUCACUGUCGACCAGUUCGUCCAACAAUGGGUUUGCCAGUCACACGCACAAAUCGGAAGCGACCAACUUUUCAUCGCACCUCAGCGCAGUUCAAUCAUCCUCAGCGCAAAUCGUCCAGAAAAAGUCGUCCGUCCCGCCGGUGAUGACAGGGUGGACUUUUUCGACCUUCAGCGGAUCCCCUGGUGGGAGACGUUGAGGGCUAAGCGCGCAGAUGCACGCACGCAGCGCGAUCUGUGGUAUCGUCCGUACAUGAACUUGCCGCACACGCCACAUGAAACGGCCAAGAGGAUACGGCCGAAUGAGUUCUACUUUCGCGAAAAGGCCAUGUACAGCAAGUAUCGGGCGUCGAUUGAGCAUUUCCAGCUACGCAAUUUGAUGUCCGUCCCAGCGUAUAACACGGUGCAUUUUGCUAGCGAGUGGCGGCUUUAUUCCUGGAUUCCGGCGUACGACGACUUAACCUGUCUGAUGGACCUAUCACGCCCGACAACAUGGGAAAACAGCGUCUUCCAUAGCCCCGUCAAGAUCUCCACAAUGAAAACCGCCCACGGCGUCUCAAUCGUAGGCGGCUUUGCCGGUGAGUACGCCAUCCGCGCCGAAGGCGACACCACACCCACAACCCUCAUCCCCGGCACAACAACCCCAGCGUCCACGCCCAGCACCCAUGGUUUCGUCACCCGCGACCCCAAUGGCAUAACCAACCAUAUCGACAUAAUCCCGCACCGCACCUCCCGCAACCCAAUAGGCAUCUUCGCCUCCAACGACAACCACCUCCGUACCCUCGACAUCGAAACCGACACCUUCACCUCCGACUACGACCUUUCCUGCGCCGUAAACUGCACCUCCACCUCACCUGAUGGUCGCCUCCGCGUGGUUGUAGGCGACUCCCCAGACGCUCUCAUCAUCGAAGCAGACACUGGUCGCCCGGUCCAGCCCCUCCGCGGCCAUCGCGACUACGGCUUUGCAUGCGCCUGGUCACCCGACAUGCUCCACGUUGCGACAGGAAACCAAGACAAAACAACCAUUAUCUGGGACGCGCGCAUGUGGAAACCCCUCACCAUGCUCUCCUCUGACAUCUCCGGCUACCGCAGCUUGCGCUAUUCCCCUGUCGGCGGCGGGCCCCGUACACUACUCAUGACCGAACCCGCUGACAGAAUCGCCAUCGUGGACGCGCAAACGUACACAUCCCGCCAGGUACAUGAUUUCUUCGGCGAAAUUGCCGGCGCGGAUUUCAGCCCCGACGGCGGGGAAAUUUGGGUUGCUAAUUCUGAUGAUGUGUAUGGUGGGUUUAUGGGGUUUGAGAGGAGAGCCUGGGGGAAGGGGGUUGAGGCUGGGGAAGAGGAGUUGGGUGAUGAUGGACGAUGUGUUGUGGGGGGUGCGAGGGAGAGGAGGAUGAGGUUCUUGGGGAGUUUGAGUUGGGAGGAGUAUGAGAUGUUGUUAGUUUAG